GUCAAUAUAAAUGUUUACAAAGAGUAUUGUUUACUUUGAUGUUUAUCAAGAUUUCAUUACUAAAUUCCGCUUCAAAAUAUAAGCAUUUUACAAAUUGCUUGGGUAUAAUCCAUUUUUCUUCAAUGAGACAAACCACCAUCCACAGUACAUAACCUGUACAUUGGUAAACAAAACACAUUUGCAAUUAGAGAGCAAUUUUUCAAAAUUUUCACAUGGAUCCCAACAGUAUUCGAGACUUAAUAAAAAGUACAACAAAGCCCCUACUUAUAAGGAAUCUUUUAAAUUGGGAGAUACUGCAGUGGGAUCUACAUCGAUGGAAAGAAAUCCUAGGAACCCAACCUUUACAAUUUCGACAGGGCAUCUACACUCACACAGAUUGGCCGCAAUUCGAAAACAGUACAAAGACUGUACAACUAUCGUUUGACGAAUUUCUGACAUUCGUUCAGGAGACUCCUAAUAAAUGGUUAUAUUUCGAUUACAAGUACCUUAAGGAUUGGUUUCGAAACGUUAAUGAGCUUCGUAAGCAUAUUUCAUGGGACAAGUUUGGCUUUCCGGAGCGUGGCGUUGAGGAUAGCACCUUUUGGUUGGGUUCAAAGGGUGCACAUACGCCCAUGCACAUUGAUACCUACGGUUGCAACAUUGUCGCACAAAUUUAUGGGAGAAAACGCUGGCUUUUGUUCCCUUCCGGCGAAAAUUUACAAAGAACUAGAAUUCCAUACGAAGAAUCCAGCAUCUACUCCAAGAUUAAUAUGUUUAGCCCUCGCGGCGAUGAAUUUGACAGUGUUUCUGAUUGUAGAUCUAUCACCUUAAAUCCUGGCGACGUACUAAUCGUACCUCAUAGAUGGUGGCAUUUUGUAGAGAAUCUUGAAAUUGCAAUUAGCAUAAAUAUGUGGGUGGACUUGCCUAUAGAUAAUGAAGAACGUGUAAGUGAAGCAAUUGUGCAAAUGCUCGUGUCACAAUUCGUGAAUUCAAUUGAACCUGAAAAACGUUUGCUAAUUAUAAAUCCGCAGGUGCCACUACAACAAAACUUGAUGGAAGCAAUUUCCCUAACUGAAGUGUGUAAAAAGUACUGCAAGCAACAAGAGAAAGUAGCGAGUAUCGAUUGUGACAAGAUAAUUAAGAAGUCGAAAUAUAUUACUGUUGUUGAAUGUUUAUCCAGUGAACAGUUCAAAGAAGUAAUUGCAGAUCAACGAAAAGAAGCUGCAGAAAUCAAAGAAGUUGUGUGUCUGAAUAACGAUCAAAAAUUACUUCAGGAUUAUGUGGAUUCAAUUUUGGAUGAAGAUGUAAUUGCUAUUAUUAAAAGGAAAAUAUGGAAACUUUGAGUUGCAAUACGUGGAUCGGAACGGU